AUGGCGGCCACUAUGAAAGGCCACGCCUUCAUCUGUUCUGGGGCACCGCGCCCAGUGUACAGACCAGUCUCCAGAUGGAAAUCAUUGGCUAACGAAUAUGUGGUUGCUACAGGUGCCAGUGCGACUCUUGCGACUCAAGGAUUCGCGCCGGUUGCUGAAUUCUACACAGGAGCUUGGGCAAAUGUCAACCAAGGACUCCACGGAAACUACAAAGACAUCCUUACCACAUAUUGGCAACAUAUAAUCACGCAUCUCGAGAGCGAGACUCACGACUACAAGCUACAUCAAUUGCCAUUGGCUCGAAUCAAAAAAGUCAUGAAGGCUGACCCAGAUGUCAAGAUGAUCUCGGCCGAAGCGCCUAUUCUAUUUGCCAAAGGUUGUGAUAUCUUUAUUACGGAGCUUACAAUGCGCGCAUGGAUACACGCCGAGGAGAACAAGCGUCGGACACUGCAGCGAUCAGAUAUCGCAUCUGCGCUCGCCAAAUCUGACAUGUUCGAUUUCCUGAUCGACAUUGUGCCUCGCGAGGAGGCCGCUUCCCACGCAAAGAGGGCUGCUGGAACUGCAGGUCCUGCUCCAGGUGCGCCGGCUGGUACAUCUCAGAUCCCUCCACAGCAUGUUCCCCAGCAAGCUCCGCAACAACAUAUGUCCCAACCCGCGUAUAUGCCUGCUCCUGGAUUGCCAGAGCACGAGUACCCACAGCAGCCUCCAAUGUACUCGGGCCAAGUCCAGCCCAAUCCCGCUGGCUCAUAUGGUGCACCUCCACCACAAAUGUACAAUGAGAUGGAAGGCAUUUACGGCUAUCCUGGAAUGCAGCCCCAACAACAAAUGUAUCAAGUUCAACAACAGCGUCCACAUGACCCGUCUGUCGGUCAUGACCCUGGGCACAGCUAUCCCCGUAACGACGGAGGGGAUGCUGAUGCUGAUGCAGAAGGUGAGAGGGAUUAUGAGGUUGGCUAA